AUGGGAAAACAGAGCAACGAAACACUAUCCCCUGUUUCUAACCCAACAAAAUUCUCCAUUCUUAAUCUCAUCGACCUCUCAAAUCCCAACAUAAACCAAUCCGUUCAUUUACUCAAACAGGCAUGUUUGGAUUCUGGUUUUUUCUAUGUUGUAAACCAUGGAAUGACCGAGGAAUUCAUGGACGAGGUUUUUGCACAAAGCAAGAAAUUUUUUUCUCUUCCUUUAAAUGAAAAGAUGAAGAUUUUGAGAAAUGAAAAACACAGAGGAUACACUCCUGUUCUUGAUGAAACACUUGAUCCUGAACAUCAAAUUCAUGUAGGGGAUUACAAAGAGGGUUUUUAUAUUGGAGUUGAAGUAGAUGAAGAUGACGCAGAAUCAAGUAAACCCUUUUAUGGGACUAAUAAAUGGCCUGAGCCAGAUGUUCUUCCAGGAUGGAGGGAAACUAUGGAAAAGUUUCAUAGAGAGGCAUUAGAAGUCGGGAAAGCAGUUGGAAAGAUAAUAGCCCUUGCACUUGAUUUGGAUGUCGAUUUUUUCGAAAAACCAGAAAUGCUUGGAGAGCCAAUUGCAACUCUGCGUUUGCUGCACUAUGGAGGUCAAAUCUCGGAUCCGACAAAAGGACUAUUCGGAGCUGGAGCUCAUACUGACUUUGGUUUACUUACACUGUUAGCAACCGAUGAUGUCGCAGGUCUUCAAAUAUGCAAGGAUAGGGAUGCUAAACCUCAGAAAUGGGAGGAUGUGUCACCAUUGAAAGGGGCAUUCAUAGUAAAUCUCGGUGACAUGCUUGAGCGCUGGAGCAAUGGUGUUUUCAAAUCCACAUUGCACCGAGUUCUAGGAAACGGUCAAGAGAGAUAUUCUAUUGCAUACUUUUUGGAGCCUAGCCAUGAUUGCUUAGUGGAAUGCUUGCCAACCUGCAAAUCCGAAACUAACCCUCCCAAAUUUCCUCCUAUCUUAUGCCGCGACUACCUGAGCCAGCGCUACAACGAGACUCAUGCGGAUUUGAGUAUUUACAAGAAACAACAAUCUUAA